CACCAUAUAAUACUCAUUUGAAUCUUAACUUUGGAGUCAUUCAAGCCAGCAAAGGUUACAUGCCAAGAGAUAAUGAUGUUAAGGUUGGGCUUCACCCUUCUGGCCUUGGUCCUAUCUGGGCCAACUGUGGCCUUUGUCCCCAUCGGGGGUGGGGUGUCCACACACGUCGGUAUUACAGGAACAUCCCUGCUACAAAAAGUGACAGAAACAUGUCAAGCUGUGGCCCAGGCUGCUGGUCAUGAGUUCAAACCCACGGGUUCUUCUCCUGGGGAGCUGGUCCAGGCCUGUCUUGGCCCUACAGCUACGGGUGAGGUGUCAGGAGUGAAGUUUCUCUCUGCUCUACAAGAGAUUUACAUCCAAAAUGGAAUUGUGGAUCGAAAUUUCGUCAAUAGUGCUCCACAUCAUUUCAAUUCGGAGGCCUUUUUGGAGGGGCGUAGUCUUAUAACAAAGGGAAUGGCAUCCAUUAAGGCUAAUAUUCGCAGUGGGAACUUCAAGGCUGCCAGAGAAACACUGGGUCGAGUCCUUCAUACACUACAGGACUUCUAUAGCCACAGUAACUGGGUGGAGUUGGGCAACACAGAACCAUAUGUCACUCUCAUACGUCCUGACCUUCCUUUGGAAAACCUGGCAGAUAUUGACACUGCCACCUGCAGUGACUGUGCCACAGGAACAUGUCCCAACCCAAUCCUUCCAAACAUCCUGAAUGGGAAAAAGCUAACUUCUGGCUACAUGGGCAUCAUUUCUGCUGCCAAGCCACAAGGUAAAUGUAGCCAUGGGGGUGAAGCUGAUCUCUCAAGCACAGCAGUUCCUCGAGGAGGAAUCAGCAAGGAUGAGCGUCGCUCUGACAACGUGGCCUUCCACAAUGCUGCUGUAAAGGCAGCCACAGCUGCCAGUCUCCAGCUACUGGAAGACAUCCGCUUGACUGUGGGGAACAAUGACUUUCUAAGAUUGAUGGGGAUCGUCCGUUCUUCUGUGGUGGUUUUUGUCAUUGAUGAUACUGGCAGUAUGUCAGAUGACAUCGUGGAAGCCAGAAACACUGUGUACAAACUUAUUGACAUCAAAAAAGGAACGCAAGAUGAGCCAUCAGAGUACAUUUUGGUAACCUUCAAUGACCCACAUUUUGGACCUUUAUUUAGGACAACAGACCCUGAUCAAAUGAAAGCAGAAAUUUCAAAGAUAAAAGUGGCAGGAGGUGGUGACCACCCUGAGAUGUGCUUAUCAGGACUUCAGUUGGCUCUCACUGGUUCUCCUGCCUCCUCCCACAUCUAUAUUUUCACGGAUGCUCCAGCUAAAGACAUCCAUCUGAAAGACACCAUUGUGGCCCUCAUCAGAAGCACCAAGUCAACGGUGUCAAUCUAUUACACCGGGAACACUAGACGACGCCGCCGUUCUGUUCCGGUUGCUUCCUUUAUUGACUACAAGGACCUGGCUCUGGCUUCAGGAGGCCAGGCCAUAAAGGUGUCCAAAAGUCAGUUGGGUCAAGCCACAGACGUCAUCCUUGAUACCUCCACUUCAGCUUUGGUGACAGUUUUUCAGAGCACAAGGGAUCCUGGGAAACCAGAGACCUUCUCUUUUAUGCUGGAGGAAUCCCUACAAAAUAUCACCAUCUACAUCACAGGAUCAUCCCUGUCUUUUACACUGACCAACCCUGCAGGUGUGAGCCAAAGUGAUACACAGACCACUGGUGUGCUGGCAUCCAUACAGGCAGUGGGCAACCUGAGGAGAAUUCUUCUUCAUGCAGACAGUCAACCAGGCUCCUGGAGAAUCAGCAUUAACUCUACACAACCAUAUACAAUUAAAGUCACAGGCCAAAGCACAAUUACCUUUAUCUAUGACUUUGUGGAGAGCUUCAAGGGACCUCACCCAGGUUAUGCCGUGCUUAGUGGGCUCCCACAAGCUGGCCAGCCAGCCACCUUGAUCCUCACUGUUAUGGGGAGAAAAGGUCCAUCCUCCAUCAGAGUAGAAAAUGUUGGCCUGGUAGUGCCGCACACUGGAGUUGAACGUAAUGGUACAGCAACUGACAUGGGCAGCGGUGACUUUUUGGUGACAGUUGAUGAAGUACCUGCAGGGGAGUUUGUGGUGAUUCUGAAAGGAACUGAGGUGUCAAGUGGUGCAUUCCAGAGGCAAUCCACCACUCAGAUGUCUGUCUCCAAAGUGAUUAUCCAGGCCACAGUGGACAGGAGUGUGGAGCCUGGGGAAAACUUCAAACUCCCUUUCAGCGUGAUGACCCAGGGCCCAAGUGGUAAAUUUACCAUCACUGCAAGAAAUGACAAAGACUUUCCAAUGUCAUAUCCAAGCAGUCUUAACCUGGCAACUGGAACAUAUACCAACGGAACUCUGACCAUUACUGCGCCUUCUAACACACCAUCAGGAACUGAUGCAACUUUGACUUUAGAAGCCAAAUCAUCCAAUGGUGUUGACUCCAAUUAUGCUGUUCUGAGUUUGUCGAUUGUAACUAAGAUUACAGAUUUUGUGCAGCCUAUGUGUGAGGUGGUCAGCGUAUCGGCUGAUGACUGUCCCCAUGAUUUGUCUCAAUGUUCGUUUUUCGAGUGGGAGCUGUCUGCCAAUCUUACUGAUGGAAAUGGAACAGGAAUUGAGAGCAUUUCAAUCCGCCAGGGGGAUGGGAUUCUCUUCUACACCUCUCUGAGUGCCCCAAGUAUACAGGCAAACUACAAUGCCUCCUGCUGUUCACAAAUUGUUGAGUUUGUUGCUAUUGACGAAGUUGGCAAUGUUGGCAAGUGUUAUCACUCUAUUGUACGAUCUGGUGGCCGUGCUGCUGUAGGUCCAUCAACACCUUUGUUGUUGUGUCUCUUGAUGUUAGUUUGGACUCUAAAAAACGGAAGCGCAUAGAUCUGUGUUCUCUAACUGUCUCACAGAAUAUUUGACUAGAAACCUGGACUGAAUAAUGCACAAUUUGAUUGGUAGAUACCGCAAGGAUGUUGUAAAUUUGAGAAACACCACGUGGAUAUAUUUUGUACAGUUGGUAUCCGUUUUAAAACACACUUUCGGAAGAGGGUUAGGGCCACAGUAUAGUGAUUUUUCCCCCCUCAGAAUUCCUACACCCAUCAUUUAUCAUGAAAAAUAAAUCUUGCUGUAUAUUGAUGCUC